UCUAUUCAUCAUUCAUUAUUCCUGUUCCUUUCAAAUUGUCGUUUGUUCUGAUUUGUUGACUUGACGAGUGAAGCGGAUGCAAAUUCACUUUGGAGGAGGAGCGCAUGGUGAUCGAUAUGCAGGCAAGAUUUGGGAACAAAUGGGCUCGAAUUGCAACAUUCCUUGAAGGUAGAACGGAUAACGAUGUCAAAAAUUUUUGGAGUACUCGGCAAAAGCGACUGGCAAAGCUUUUGCAGACUCCAAUUCCGGUUAGAUCACCGACGAACCAAAGGAAGGCAACUGUAUGUUCUCAAGUGCCUGAUUCUGAGGAUGUGUUGCUGCAAAAUUUGAAUUCUCCAUCCAUAGAAUUCAUUCAAUUUACGAAAUGUUACGUAAAUGGUAAGGAAUUGGAUUAUAUCUGAGCUAUUUGGUGAUUGAAAUGAUGCUCGUUAGUACAUAUAUACGGUUAUAUUAU